CUUAACUAGACAAGUAAAGUCAUCAAGAAUGUUAUUUGUCCACGUCAACUUGAAUUAAAUAUCUUUAUAGCAAAUGUCACUGUCACUAACUCACUAAACUCCAACUUGAUUUUUUUGAAAGAUGAAAUACGAUCACUGUAUUUUCAUUAUUUUCCUAAUAUUGUUUGAAGUUACUUGCAAUAAGGAAGAUAACAAUGGCGAUGAAUUUAUUGCUACGGAAGAAUGGCAAACCAUAAAAGAAGGUCAGAAAGUACCAAGUGGUUUACAUUAUCGUAUAAAUAUCCAAACAGGUCUUAAAGAAGCAAAACUAAUUGGAAAAGAUGAUGACCAUGAAAAUAAAAAGACCAGUGUUCUGGAAGUCCCUUCUGAAAAACCACAGGAUCACCCAACUAUUGAUGAGCUAAAAGAAGUGAUGAAGAAAAUUAAAAAUGAUGAUGUAAAGCCUGGUGGGAAAUUAAAAUCUGAUUUUCGAACUUACGAACAACUGAAAGAGGAAUUGGGAUCCUUAAAUUUAACUUCCAAGGUAGAUGCCGAGAUUUUAAAAGAUCUUUUUAAGCAGCACCAAAAAGAAAUUACUAAAGAAAAGAUAAAUGUUAGAGCAGUACUUAAUAUUCUGGAAGAUUUUGAUUACUUGGGCCAUCAGUUUGACACUGGAUUAGAGUUUGUUCGCCAAAAUGGUUUUAGGGAUGUUAUUUACAAAAAUUUAAAUUCUACUCACGAGCAGAUCAAACAGAAUACAUUGAAGUUGUUUGGAUCUCUGGUUCAGAACAAUGCAAGAGUACAAAUCCAUGCACUAGAAACAGGCAGUAUUCCAAUUCUCUUGAGGUUUUUAAGCUCUGAUCAAUCAGAGCUUACUAAAAGCAAUGCUGUGUUUGCCUUGAGUUGUCUCGUAAGAAGAUUCCCUUUGGCACAGAAGAGAUUUUUAGAAAAUGGUGGAGUAUUUGUGAUUUUACAAAUCUUUAAGAAAGACUCUAUAAAAUUACAACUAAAAGUAGUUACUGUAAUGACAGAUUUGUUCCUUGAAAAGAGACAAUCACUAGAUAGUUCAAAUAGUUUAGUGUUAAACCAGUACAGUAACAUUGAUUUGGAGAAUGAAUUGUUAAAUCAAGAUUGGUGCCUCAAUUUAAACACUCUACUAGUUAAUAUAGUCAGUAGUUACCAUAAUGAUCAUGAUUCAGUUGAAAAAUGUUUAAUAGCUAUGGAAUUAGUGAGUGGCAAAUGUAAAAAGUUCAACAGAAAUAUUUUGGCUAAAUUAAUAGAUACCUAUCAACAAUUACAUCAAACAGAAGGAAGUGAAGAUGAGUAUUUCAAAUAUCUGAUGACCUUAUGUUCAAAUAUUUUAAAAAAUCUGAGAGAUAAGUCUGAACUGUAAUUUAUAUUUUAUAAUAAAAAUGUGCAACACUA